AUGUCCAAAACAACUUUCGCCAUCAUUGCUGCUGCCGGCGCAGCUACCGGAGCAGGCGUGACAGCUCUUCUCUAUUCAACAAAACCCACCCGUCAACCGACUCCCUCUCCCACAGCUGCACUGCCAGUUCAAGCUCUCAACAACCCGACGACCCCUGUACCAAACCCCAUUCCUGCACCACCUGCCCUAGCGGCGAAGGCUAUCGCAGCGGUAGCCCCAGUCGACCCUUCUGGCCUACUACAAUAUGGCUUUCCAGGUCCUGUCAUCGACCCUCUCAACACACUUCCCCUGACAGGAGCCUAUGACCGACGAAUGCGAAACCCGUCGUGGGUAGCCGAACACAUUACUCCGUACUCACUUUCGCUUAAGAACGCAGAUCGCAAGCACAGUGUCUUUGUCGAAGAUACGACUAUUCCAGUGAUGUUUCGAGGGAAAUUGUCCGAUUACUUCCGCUCGGGCUACGAUCGAGGUCAUCAGGUGCCCGCCGCAGACGCAAAAUGGAGUCAGGACGCAAUGGACGCUACAUUUGCACUGAGCAACAUGUGCCCUCAAGUGGGUGAGGGAUUCAACCGCGAUUACUGGGCUCACUUCGAGGACUUCUGCCGCAAUCUCACCAAGACGUACCCUUCUGUCCGCAUCGUUACGGGACCUUUGUAUCUACCUCGCAAGGAAGCCGAUGGCAAGUACCGAGUGACUUAUGAAGUAAUUGGCGAACCACCAAAUAUCGCCGUCCCCACACAUUUCUACAAGGUUAUCUUUGCGGAGCACGGCACAAACCCCACUGAUAAAGUUGCCUUGGGAGCAUUUGUGCUCCCCAAUGCUCGGAUUCCGAAUACCCAACCACUGACGGACUUUGAGGUCCCCGUUGAGGCUGUUGAGCGUGCUAGUGGAUUGGAGUUUGCGACGAAAUUGGAUGUUUCUCGGCGUCGACGGUUGUGUCAGGAAGUUCGGUGUGAUAUUGUGGUGAGGGAGUUUAAUAACUCGCAGAAAUCGCUGCCGGUGCCUAAGCGAUGA